AUGGCGGACGAAGAAGAUGCGCCUGCCGAGGUGCAUCAUUACAGCAACUUGCAAGAAGUGCCCUGGGACAUUCAAAACUACUGGGCGCAACGCUAUCGCAUCUUCUCCAAGUACGACGAGGGCAUAUGGUUGACCGAUGAUGCGUGGUUUGGUGUCACACCAGAGCCAGUCGCCAACACAAUAGCUACACAGAUGGCCGAGUCAGCGCCUGCUGGACGCAGCAUUCUAGUGGAUGCUUUCGCUGGCGCAGGCGGAAACUCCAUCGCAUUCGCCCUGACCGGAAGAUGGAAACGAGUUUACGCAAUUGAAAAGAAUCCCGCGGUUCUUAGGUGUGCAAAGCACAAUGCGAAAAUCUACGGCGUCGAGGACAAGAUUACAUGGUUCGAAGGCGAUUGCUUCGACAUCAUAAGUAACCACCUCAAAGAACUGGCACCGUACAGUGUUGUUUUUGCCAGUCCGCCGUGGGGAGGUCAGUGUCACUCAACCUUGCGUCUGCAACAUGAACUAACGGUUACAGGCCCGGGAUACCGUUCAGAUAAGGUGUUCAAUCUGAAGACCAUGGAGCCUUACUCACUCCAAAAAUUGUACGAUGAGUACUCGGUCUUCAGCAAGCAUAUGGUUCUCUACAUCCCAAGAACAUCUGAUUUGUCGCAACUGGCAAAGUUCGUUCCUAACGGUCAGCAUGCUACGGUAAUGCAUUAUUGCAUGGAAGGUGCGAGUAAGGCGUUGUGUAUUUUCUAUGGGGAUUUUAAUGUGUCAUGA